AUGUCUGGCAAAAUAAUUGUCUCAGCUGUUUCUCUCAUCCUCGUGGUCGGUGUUGCCAUCGGUGUUGUAGUGGCCGUUAACAAAAAGGGUGAUGAUCCCACCAUACAAUCUCAUCAAAAAUCCGUCGGCGUUAUCUGUAAAAACACCGAUGACCAAAAACUCUGCCAUGACACUCUCAGCUCCGUCAAGGGUGCUGACGCCGCUGACCCCAAGGCUUACAUCUCCACGGCAGUGAAAGCCACCAUGGACAGCGUGAUCAAAGCGUUCAAUAUGAGUGAUCGGCUCACAACCGAGCACGGAGACAAAGAUAGUGGCAUUAAGAUGGCCCUCGACGAUUGCAAGGACUUGCUGCAAUCCGCCAUGCAGAGUCUUCAGUUCAGCAUUGACAUUCUGCAAAAUAACAACGUCCAAGCCGUGCAAAACCAAGAAGCUGAUUUCAGGAACUGGCUCAGUGCGGUUAUCUCGUACCAGCAGGCAUGCAUGGAAGGUUUCGACGAUGGCAAAGACGGUGAGAAGAGUAUCAAGGAGCAGUUGCAAACACAGACUUUGGACCAUGUGCAGAAAAUCACCGGCGUCGCCCUUGAUAUCGUGACUGGUUUGUCAAACAUCCUCGAGCAAUUCGGGUUGAAGUUUAAUCUAAAACCCUCUUCUCGCCGUCUUCUCAGCGAUGACGGGUACCCCACUUGGUUCUCUGCCUCAGACCGCAAGCUCUUGGCUCAGCUUCAACGCCAGGGAUGGAGAUCUCGCAUCACACCCAAUGUCAUUGUUGCCAAGGAUGGUUCUGGUCAGUUCAAAACCAUUGCCCAGGCUAUUGCUUCUUACCCAAGCAACUUCCAGGGUAGAUACUACAUCUAUGUUAAGGCUGGUGUCUAUGAUGAGUACAUCACCGUUCCCAAGAACGCCGUCAAUAUUCUCAUGUACGGUGAUGGCCCUACAAAGACCAUUGUCACCGGUCGCAAGAACUACGCCGAGGGUGUCAAGACCAUGCAGACUGCCACUUUCGCCAACACUGCUCAGGGCUUCAUUGCUAAGGCAAUGACAUUCGAGAACACCGCUGGAGCUGCCGGACAUCAAGCCGUGGCUUUCAGGAACCAGGGAGACAUGUCAGCAGUGAUUGGUUGUCACAUUUUGGGUUACCAAGACACCUUGUACGUCCAAACCAACAGGCAAUUCUACCGCAACUGUGUUAUCUCCGGCACCAUUGACUUCAUCUUCGGCACCUCACCUACCCUGAUCCAGCACUCCGUCAUCAUUGUGAGGAAGCCCCUGGGCGACCAGUUCAACACCGUAACCGCCGACGGCACACUCCGACAGAACAUGGACACUGGAAUCGUGAUCCAGGACUGCGAGAUCGUCCCCGAAGCCGAGCUCUUCCCCGUGAGGUUCCAGUACAAGUCCUACUUGGGCAGGCCAUGGAAGCAAUACUCAAGGACCGUUGUCAUGGAAUCCACCAUCGGUGACUUCCUUCACCCCGAAGGAUGGUGCCCUUGGGCAGGAGCAUUCUUCGAAGACACCUUGUACUAUGCUGAGUACAACAACGCCGGACCUGGUGCCGACGUCAGCAAAAGAAUCAAGUGGAAGGGUUACCAUGGUCUCAUUUCCCGCGAAGAAGCUACCAAGUUCACCGCUGCUCAAUUCCUCAAGGCUGGAGCCAACGACGGAACCGACUGGUUGAAGGCUCUUCAUGUUCCUCACGUCCUUGGCUUCGCCAAAGCUUAA